AUGGCUGAAGAGCAAAAGAGCGUCAUCAUCAAGUUACCCGAAACGGAUAGUACGAGUCUCACGUGUACUGCACGGAUUCUAGCACAUGAAUGUGCAGAUGCAAAUCUCGAGUUUAUGCGUUGUAAACAGCGUGAUGCUAAUCCACAAGCGUGUCUUGUGCAGGGUGAAAAGGUGACGGCUGCCGUGCUAAAGACACUUCGUGACGCUGAAACUAAUUGUGGUGAGACGUAUUUGGCGUACAAGAAGGCGCUGAAGAGUAAUUGGCACCGGAUUGAUGAGACGCGGACGGAACAGAUUGCGCUUGAAGAGUGCUGGCGACAGUACAAGGGAUACAAUCAGGCAAAGAAGGAGCAGUAG